CGACGCGCGCAACUCUGAGCGCAAACAUCGCUUCGCGCCUCUUUUUCUCGUGCAGUUUUAUUCGAGCAGGCCUACGCGCAACACGCCUCAACCGAAGCCAACUGAUCUCCGCGUCGCGUAGUAUACACGCACCGGCUUUAACCCUUACCGUGUCAAAUAGGCCCUCGUAUAAGGCGUAAAUAUACGCAGCGAGAUUAAAUUCGGCCUAAGCUGUGUACCGUAUUCCGCAUACGUAUACGAGAGAGAUAUCGGAGCAGUCAACCCUCGUGACUGAAUUAGCCUUGGAGCAUACACGCGGAUCGAUAGAGCUAGCUAUCGGUGUGCGUGCACGCUGUACAUUGCAUCUAUCGAGUGCAAGUGUGAGUGAGUGAGUGCGAGAGAGAGAGAGAGAGAGCAAGGGGUCGAAAGUCGCGGUCGCAGCUUCCUUGACCUUCGCAAGCUUUGCGCUCGCGCGCGCGACACCGCCUCUCGUCGUCGUUGUCGUUUUCGAUUCGACUCGACGCACAAUCAGCGAUUGUAAUAAAAAUUUCUUAUCGUCCUCUCGACGACUUCUUGCGUACCUCCUCGCGACGCACAACAAGCGAUCGACGCGUUUGCUCGUAUAAUUUAAUAAAUACAAUCGAGGAUCAACGAUGCCAGCUGACGCCGAAUUGAGCAACAUCCUCAACAGGAGGCAAAAAAUGAACGAGGACCUCGAGGAGGGCAAGGAGGUGAAGAAGCAGUACAGAUUCGUUAACGUUUAUACGGAAUUUCACGAGCUCAGCAGGCGCGAGAUCAAACAGUACGAGCAGACCUUCAACAGAUUCGACGAUGGACACGACGGUUUCCUCGAUCUGGCCGAGUUGAAACGCAUGAUGGAAGUACUGGGAGCGCCGCAGACUCAUCUCGGCCUCAAAGCCAUGAUCAAAGAGGUCGACGAGGACGGCGACGGAAAAAUAUCGUUUCGCGAGUUCCUUCUGAUUUACCGUAAAGCUCGAGCUGGAGAAUUGGAAUGCGGCUCGGGAUUGGUCGAACUCGCCCGCCUGACGGAAGUCGACGUCGACGAAGUCGGCGUUACCGGUGCGAAAAAUUUCUUCGAAGCCAAGAUCGAGCAGCUGCGCAAUUCCAACAAAUUCGAGAGCGAGAUUCGCAUGGAGCAAGAGGAACGCAAACGCGAGGAAGAGGAAAAGGCAGCACGACGAGAGCAGUUCCGUCAACGAGCGGCUAUUUUCGGCAAUAACUAAAUAAACGUCUUGCCGCGCAGCUCUGCGAAGCGACCAAAUGAAGCAACGAUGGCGACGAGAGAAAAAAUGAAGUAGGCAGCGCUUCAUGGUGUUUCUUACGCGUCUGCAUAAACAAGUCCAUAUGCAAAAGAAUAUGCAAUUAUUAUAGCCUCGCUAGUGUGUCUAUUUUAGCUCAGAGAUAUAUUAUAAUACGUGAAAAGCUUCGUCGUGACGCUGGAAAAGGAAAUACGGUCGGUCGUUUGCUUGAAUAAGCACGCUUACGGUCGACCUGUUAUUAUAUUUUUUCGGCAUAAAUUCGACGAGUCAAUUACUUUUUAUGAUUCGAUAAUUGAAAAUUGUUGUUGCUGCGUUUGCACAUCUCGAAUGUGUGGAGACGUUUCAAGCGCUUUUAUUGAGAUUUUGAUGUUAUAUGGAAAAUUUGUUAAAUUUACAAGGAAAGUGAUAAUUUUCUUUAAUGAUUCACACGUCGUGCAGGGUGAAUAGAAAAGCAUAAAAAACGUUACUAGGAUUUAUUAGAUAUUGUGACUCGUAUUCUUUUUGAAUUUUUUACGCAUUUACGUGCAUCCUAAAUAUUAGCACAUAAUUGUUCGCUGAGGCCUUUACUAAUAAUCUCGCUGUACAAAUUUUGCAUAACUAAUAUGCCUUCGGGAUUAUUACAUCUACAACUACAAUGGUAUUCUUUACGAUACUCUUACGAUGUAUAACGGCUAUAUUCAUGAAUGAAUUCCUAAUAUCAAAUGAAUUAAACAUUUAUAGGUACUAUAUUUGCUUGUAAAAUAAUAACAUUAACACAUGAAUGAUUGAAUUCUGACACAUUAUUUUAUGAUAGACAUUGGAAUU